AUGGCGCUGUCUCGCUUUUCCUCGCGUAGGCCGUUGCUUUUUGUCCGGUUACCAUCGAUAUUCACUUCCCAUGGCUUGCAAUUGGCUGCUCGAGGGGAUUUCGAGCCUAAAAAACCACCACCGUUUGAUUUCCUCAGCACGGGCUACCCACAAUGGCUCAUGUUCGACAGGACCAAACACCGGUUCACCGAGAACACAAAGUUUAUAUGCGUUGAGGGGAACAUAGCUUGUGGAAAAGGGCACGUGGCGAGGAAGAUCGCUGAAUGUUUUGGGAUGGAUUAUCGUCCGGACCCCACCGAUGAUUCGAUUUUCACGCUAAAAAACUACAAUCCUCCCGUUGAUGUCCGAAUGCACAAUACCAUGCUGCCUAAAGGAGCCCAGUACUUUACUACUGAAAUGUUUUGGACUGAAGAAAACCUUAAGGAAAAUGGAAAACCCAUGUACUUGCAAUACCAGUAUUAUCUAAACCGAUACUGGAAUUAUCUCAUCGGCCUUUGCACUCUAUUCAACACCGGAAAGGGGGUUGUUACUGAUCGCAGCCACUUCUCUGAUCUGGCUUUUGUUGAAGCUCUCCUAAACUGCGGAUACAUCUCAGAAUAUGCUCAUGACUGGUUCGGCUAUUUGCACGCCAACACCGCGCUAAAUCUGUGGAAGCCCCAUCUGAUUGUGUACAUCAAAACAAAUACCAACCAAAUUCGUGAGGGCAUCAAGAAGAAGGGGAUUGCAUGGCAAAUCAACGCAAGAAACCUGGGUGACGACUUCCUCUGUGAGUAUGAAAAAUCUCUAGAGAUGUACCUGGAGAAAAUGUCUCGUUACUCCGAGAUUUUUGUCAUUGAUCGCACCAAUACGGAUAUCUAUAAUGAGGAUGAUCUCCUUAUUAUUAUGGAAAAAUUGACCGAUAUUGAUUACGAAGGUGAGCGUUUGAUUCGUGAUGACUACAAGUUUCUUGAAUGGCGAAACGGUCUGUUCAACGAGCGGUCUGCCACUGCUAAUCGGGCAAAAUUCUCCUCAGCAAUGAUGAAAUUCACGACGCAAUUCAAGAAAUUCCACAUGCCCUUGGAUAUGACGGACGGUGUUUACAGUUUUGAUGCCAAGGAGCUUCAAUAUCUUGUUUACAAGAGGGAUCCCAGAUUGAAGUACCGCCCGGGCUACGAUCCCUCGAAGGACAGUAUGCCUCGACUUCUCUUUGAUCCCUGGCUGGAGACGCGAAACUUCCGCAAAGAUUGGCCCACCUACUUUCUCACGUUCUACUAG